UCAAUUCUGUGUCAGUACAGAAGACACAGUGAAAACGUGCUGAUUAAUUUAGCAGUUCGUCUCUAAAGAUUUUAUUGUCACUCUGGACUAGCAUCAAUUGAUUGUGGAGGCUCACUGUCCACCACUUGACGUCCUAAUUAAUCCUCAAGUGUAAAAUUGUUCAGUGAAUUGUGUUCCACAGGGUGAUACCAGGCAUCUCCCCAUGCAUUUCUCAGUCCCAAUGUCAUUCAACAAAAAUUCCCACUUUAUCAAUCCGAUAAGAGAGUGCUUGAGUAAGUGAAUCACCUUGCGAAACCAGCGUUAUUUUUGGAGAGUUGUGUGCUGCGAAACAUCUGAGUGGUCUGGUAGUAUUUGACGGACCACCACAAUAGAUUGAUGAUGUUCGUUUUGGUCAGAAAAAAAACACCUACAUUAGAUCAUUUUUCGACCGGUUCCUCCAACAUCUUCGCAAUUGGUGGGCUCCUCUGUGAAUAAUUGUGCUAAACACCUUGCGUCACCUGCAACUAAUUAAGAUUCCAUCGGAUAAUAAAGUAAUUCAACUUGAGGUGUGUUUGACGAUUCACGGACAAAUUCUAUGCCAAUUUAGUGUCAAAUUUGCUCCAAAGAACCACUCCAUUGAGACCAUUAGUGCUGACAAAGUGUGAUAAAAUUGCUAGUGACAAUUAUGUGAUUUAAAAAGAACAAAAUUGCAGUGAAUUCGCGCCACAAUGUCACUGUCGUUCAGUAAAUUAAAGUCCCUCCUCAGUACCGACAAUGCCAAAUCCAACCGAAGGGUAUUUGAGAAAUUGGAGCCCGUUGUUGGAUUCAAAAUGCAACUGGUGCCCGGGAACAGCAAUCCAAUUCCAGCUUCUGAAGGCGGGAGCCAAAAAGUUCCAUCAACUGUGCCUGAGCUCUGUGUACAUCUUAUCGGGGCGCGCCAUCUGCCAGUCACAUUCGGCCUUAAAAGUGUAGAGGGCUACAUGGUGAUGGUGAAACUCUUUCCUGGAACAAUUCGUUACAAUUCGCCUAUCGAGACAUCCUCUUGGCCAAAGUUCAAUGAGACUUUCAAGUUUCCAAUGGGCAGCUCUACAAAGAGCUCCAUGAAGCGUCCUAAAAACACAAGUGUUGAACAGAAUCUACCUCAAAAACUCUUCAAGGGACACUUUGUAGUCCUCACAGUCUUUGCUCUGCUAGAGCUUCCACCAAAUAUGGGUUUUGCCGCUGGUGUUAGGCAAACCUACCAUUCAAUCAGGCGCAAGGGUAGCCUACUUCUCAAGGACAUCAACCACAUCAACAAACCCGCAGAACCAGCUGAGGAGGACGUUUCCAGUGGAGAGAUCCUUAAACUGACAAAAAGUGAAUCCAGAAGGAAUAUUGGAUCCGUCACUUGUUUCCUUGAUCCCAAAAUCUUUAUGGAAAAUACAAGAACUGGUGUUUUUCAGUCAGAUGAAUUCUGGUUGCCUAUUAAGGACAUCACAGUGACGCCUACGAACAGCACACUCACUAAUUCGAUAAACUCCAGCACUAAAGGGCAAGUGGAAGUGCUUCUGGAACUAUGUGAACCCAUCGAAUUGGCGGCGCCGUGCGAUGAAGACACAGUGUCUCAGAUCUCAGACAAUCACACAAACUCCAGACGAUGGAGCUUCAGUGAUGUGAAACGAAAGAUCAGGAACGUCACGCGAAAGGAGAAAGCCACCCACGGAGGACUCAUGUUCAAGAUCACGACGUCCAAGAUGCGCUGUGCCAUUAAAGUGAAAGAGGAAUUUGAGAAUAUAGCCGGAACAAUUUAUGUAAAGAUGUCGGUCUUCGAGAGGGAUAUUCUGUCCAGUGCAUGGCGUAGUGACCCAUUUCUUCCAUCACUCUCCACUCGAUGGGAUCCCAAUGACUCCACCAUUCGUUUUCCACUCAAUGACGUCUCAGACCUAGAUCACAUUUCCAUUAAGAUCUCUGUGGCCACUAAAAGCAAAAUGGGCAAGAAGAUUGUUCUCGGGACACUUAUGCUGGGUGCCAAGGCAAACUCUGCAAAAUUGGAGCACUGGGAGUCGAUGAUUGAGUCUCGUGGAUCACCAGUAGCCAUGUGGCACAGUUUUGAAUGAUUAUGGAAGUGACUCCAGUGAUUGAUUCACUAUGUCCGGAGCCUAAAAUAAAUUUUUAACCAACAAAUAAAAAAAAA